CAAUGCCACAGGCUCGACCUGCCGAGAGAAGUGGACUAUCAACCUCGGAAAGAGCUAGCAAGUUGGCCCCCUGUUGUCCCUUCGUGGCUGUCGGAUUGAAGACGGAGUGCCUUUGGAUUCACCAGCAUUUAAAGUUGGCAUGGCAGAAUUAAAUAAGGAGGUGGUGGAUUUGGUUUGGGGGAGACCGUCCAGUGGAGGAGUGUCUGCCUCCAUCUUCCGUAGAUGGACCCAAGGAUUUGUUUUUAGUGAGAAUGAGCACACAGCACUGGAGCAGUUUGAAGGAGGGCCAUGUGCUGUCAUUGCACCUGUCCAGGCUUUCCUCUUAAAGAACAUUCUCUUCAACAGAGAAAGUUCCAACUGGAGACAGAUGUCCGAGGAGGACCAGAAAACAGCACUGUCUUCCACGCUGAGUGAAAUCCUGGAAUCUGCCUGCUCCAGCCCCUCCACAGGGUUCUGCCUGGUGACCUGGGCCAAGGGACAGAGCCCACAUACUAGCACACAUACUCACACGCAGACACAGUCACAGUCGCAAACACAGGACAUGCCAGAGCCAGAAAGCAGCCAGCCGCCACAGGAACAGCAAACCACUGCUUUGGCUGCUGAGGACCUUGGCUUUGAGCGAUUUCACAGUGUUCUCCAUAAGCGGACUGUAAUGUCAGUGUCUGGUCUCAGAGAGGAGGUGCUGUCUCUUUACCACACCUGGAGGGGGUGCUGUGGAGUCUUGCUUUUCCUGUACUCUGUCAUCCUCACCAAGGGCAUAGAAAAUAUAAGAAAUGAGAUUCAGGACACAAUGGAGCCUCUCAUAGACCCCGUCCAUGGCCAUGGCAGUCAGAGUCUGGUGAACCUCCUUGUAACUGGCCACGCUGUCUCUAAUGUCUGGGAUGGAGACAGGGAGUGCUCUGGCAUGAAAUUGCAUGGUAUUCAUAAACAGGCAUCAGUUGGCUUCCUCACGCUUAUGGAAUCACUACGCUACUGCAAGGUCGGGGCAUUCCUCAAGUCUCCAAAGUUCCCUAUUUGGAUCCUUGGCAGUGAAACUCACCUCUCUGUGUUUUUCACCAAGGAGAUGUCCCUGGUAGGUCCAGAGUCUCCAUCAGAACAGGCAAGGAGGGUCUUCCAGUCAUUUGAUCCUGAAGAUAAUGGCUUCAUCCCAGAGUCUCUGCUGGAGGACGUGAUGAAAGCCCUUGACCUUGUCUCAGAGCCCGAGUAUGUCAGUCUGGUGAAGAGUAAGCUGGAUCCAGAAAGUUUGGGCGUAAUUCUUCUGGGCCCGUUCCUCUUGGAGUUUUUUCCUGAUCAGGAUUCAGGAAUCCCAGACUCAUUUCCCAUCUACCACUACAAUGGACUUAAACAGUCUAACCACAACGAGCGGGUGGAGUAUGUGGAAGGAACGGCUUUGGUGCUAGGCUUUGAGGACCCCAUGGUUCGGACAGACGACACUCCAGUCAAGCGCUGCCUACAGACCAAGUGGCCCUACAUCGAGCUGCUGUGGAGCACCGACCACUCCCCGUCACUGAACUAGCACCAACGCGGUCUGUGUGUGUCUGCGUAUGUGGAUGGACCGCUUCUGCUCCACACACACACACACACACACACCCCCGCCUCCGGCUUGCCGCACACUGACCCUGAAAGGUCUGCAGAUUACAACAACUGACACAUACACAACGGAGACGAAUGAGAAUGAGGGGAAGAACACAAAUGCACACAAGAGACUGAGACAAACACUUUCAUGGACUAAACCUACAUGCCUGAGAUCCAUUGUCAUUCUCACUCAAACAUUCCACAAAAAUGCAAACUCACCUUUUACAGUUCAUGCUAUUGUACGUUCACCAUGGCUUGUUGAUGAUGUGAUUAUUAAAAAAAAAAAAACCUGAAUGACUGCUCUGUGCUGACACCUCUGCUACAGUUUGGCAGUAGACUUCUAGACACUGUUUAGACAGUAAACUGGUUUGGUUCAGUGUGUGUCACAAAAUCACAUUCUGAACCACACGUACAGCCAGUCGACUGUGAAACACUACUGUUAAUUCAGCUAUAGGACUGUUUGAGGGAAAACCUACCAAAGCCUUCCACAUAUGAGAACACAACACACACAGACAGAACCACACACUGUCACACCCACAGCUAAGCAUUUACAGCAUAAAGGGACCAACCCAGACACGGAGAGCUGGAGAUCUGAACAGUUUUCUUCAGUGUUUUCACCAAGAUGAUGCUGGUUAGGGUACUUUGUGUCUGUGUGUGUAUGUGUGUGUGAGUGCAUGCUUCAUGCACCACAUAAGGAUGUUGGCCAAGUGCUCGUGUAUUUAUUAUCUCACUCAAAAGUUCUGGAAUAAACACCUUUUUUUGUUCAAA